AUGCUUGGCUGGGCAGCUUCGGGCAAACAAACCUUGCAAAUCGAGCCGCUUGCGAGCCAACAGCAGUUCACAUCGACAACGAACGAUUUCGAGCGGCUCGGGGACUCAGCCGGUUCGAUGGACACACAAGUUCAGAAUGAAACAACGAUGCAAUAUGGCCACAUGCCUGAGCGAAGGGACUCGAACCUCUCAAAUUUAGACAGCAACGUCUCUUCCCAUCAAGGCCUUGGGCAUGCGCUGGGCAUUCCGCACACGGUUGGUGGCAGAGCUCCAUACCAGGACAAUUAUCCCAUCUCACCCCCGCCCCAUGUGCCCAACGGCGGCCCUUCCCAGCAGCAUCCUGGUAGUUCCCAUAGUUUGGCGUACCAGGUGGGGCCAGGGCAGGCGUCGUCGCCCGGGCUGAAGCGCAAACCUAUCGAUGGUCUCGGGGUGGGGCCGGGGCAGAUGCAGAAGAGGCGGCGGGACGUGGACGAUGCUGAUCAAUACGAUGUCGAUGGAGGCGGUCAAGGCGCUAAGCACUGGACAGACGAGGAAAAGUCCAAGCUGUUCAAUUAUCUCAUGGGGAGGGGUCAGGACGAUCACUGGCAAUCACUCAAGGCCACCAAAAAUUCAUGUCUGCGAGAGUGUUCCUCUGAAGUGUUCGGAGGGAAGAAAACCUAUCAAGCAUUGAAAGGGUGCUAUGAACGCAAUGUCAACCUUUACAAGCAGAUCAACUGCUUUGAACGAUUUCAACUUCAAUCUGGCAGUCCGUCUGUGAAAGGGCUUAGUGAAGCCGACCGAUUGCGCGAGUACGAGAGGCGUUUGCAGACAGCUCGCAAGUCUGGCAUCGAAGUCGGAAACAUUGCGGCAAGGACGGUUGAUCACUGGCACCAAUUAGGCUGGUAUGAUCUAUUUUACAGCCGCAUGGGUGAUCAAACAAACCCAAGACCAUCUUCGUCACGCAACGCAGGCGGUGGUCAACAUUCUGUGGGCUUGGACGAACCAGACGACGCCGACGACCUCACCAUGGACUUUGACACUAGCCCCCUAGCGGGGCCAAGUGGGAUGAAUGGAAUCCCUCACGAACGCUCUCACAACCCCGUCUCAUACAUAAACCCUCAAAAUCUCCGAGAAGGCCCGUCCAACAUCCCCAACUCACCUGUUACGCCUGGUAAUGCCCAACAUCAAUCCACUCCUGUGACAUCUACGGCAGCGAUGCUUCCCCCAACCCCAGCCACUACGUCUUCAUCUUCCGACCAAACCGUAGUCAAUGUUUCAGUAACCCAAGGCAUGCUUUCUACAUAUCUACAAUUUCUUCAAGUCCAAACGCAAACGAGUAAGAUGAAGGUGGAGUACAUGCGCAGAAGAGAAGAACGGGAGGAGAAGGAGAGUACACAGCGAAGAGAAGUCGAGCGGCUUCGUCAGGAACGGGAGCUCGCCGAGUUUGAGCACACAAAGCAGUCGGCGAUGAUGAAACAGAAGGCUGAUAGAGCAAUCGAGCUGCUGAGUAACCCCAGCGUUGAUUCUGCUCUACGGCAGGCUGCUAGCGACUACUUGAGGAAGCUUUUCACAUCCGACUGA